AUGGAUUUAUUGUAUAAAAUCCGAAAACAGUCGGCGCAAGUGAAGCAUCUACUAGCACAGAGACACACACCCACACAAACGGACGGCACAACAUCACUACCCCAGCCAAACGUUUUGAAAAAAGCCAUCACCAUUUCGUCGAUUGCGAUUAAACGCAGGCCAACGCUGCCGCAAACGCCAGCGAGUGCCCCACAGGUGUUAUCGCCCAAGCGACAGUGCGCCACCGCCGUUUCGGUUAUACCCGCCGCCCAAUUGACACCACAGGUCCAGUACGCCACAACGCCAGCCGCCGCAGUCGCUCUCAAGGCCGGCCAUCAAUUGACCUUUAAUCCCGCUGCUGCCGCCGCCGCUGCCCAAUACGCCGCCACUGCCGCCGUUAGCGCACAUCCACACCAUCACCAACAGGUCGCUGCCGCAGCUGCAGCUGCUGCCGCCGCCGCCGCAGCCCAGCAGCAACGUAUCGCUGUAGCCGCACAACAUUUUAAUCCCUCGGCCGCUGCCCUUCUUAACCAGCAUCUACAUUCAGUAGCAGCCGCGUCACACUCAUUGUCGCCGGCCGCCGCGGCUGCCGUAGCUGCCGCUGCUCAUCAGCAGCACGUUGUUCUACAGCAACAACAGCAACAUCAUCACCACCAUCACACGCAACAUUCGUUGAGUCAACAGCACAUCUAUCAACAGCAGCAGUCACUGCGCCAACAACUGCAUCAGCAGCAGCAGCAGCAACAACAACAACAACAACAGCAACAUCACUUGCUUGUUAGUAGUUCGACUGCGGCCAGCACACCCAUCUCCGCCACAUUAAGUAGUAGCAACACACCGCUGACAUCGUCAGUCACCACAGCUAGUACAACAACAGCAACAGGUACACCGACAAGUGCAGCAGCACCUCCGGCAGCGCAGAUAGGCGCCGUUGCAACUGCAGCAAUCAAUUCGCUGAACGAAUCCGCGUCGCAUUCGAAUUCGUCCUCUGCAUCGACCACACCGUCACCAGCGGCAGCGUCGGCAGCGCAGAAUACACACGACAACAACAAUAAUAGCAACGCGCUGAGCAAUAGUCCAAAUAGCAACAGUAGCAACAACAACAGCACAAUCCUUUCUAGCAGCUCGACGAUGGAAAAUCAAAUGGCACUGGCACCAUUGGGAUUAUCACAAAGCAUGGACUCAGUGAAUACGGCAAGCAACGAAGAAGAGGUAAGUCUCCACUCGUCCAUAGAAACCAUAGAUUGA